GUUGAGCCGCGAGCUGAAUUGACCUAUAAUCGAUAUCUUCAAGCUUUAGAGGAUUUACGACAAACUCAACCAGAAGAAAAUCGAGGUAUGCCACUUAGUCAAGAACAGGCUGAGAGAGUGUGGCUAGACUUGAUUGGUGGGCCGAGUAGAUAUGGGUAUGCCUAUGGCAUGCCUCAACAGACCUUUCGUGAAUAUCAUUCUGAGUUUGAAGGCUUAAGUAGUUCCUAUGAUGAUGAAUCGAUGAAGAAAAAUUUGGCUAUGGAGCAAAAGAUAGCGGAGCUAUCUAGCCAAGUCGAAGACUCACGGGCUAGGGAAAGGCGGAGGGACAUAGAGUAUGCAGGUCUUAAGGCUCAAUUAGAUGCAUUACUUGCUUCAGGAGGGAUUCCCCCUUGUUCCAAUGAUGUCACUUUCCCUCCUCGACCCUCCCAGCCUCAACCUACUCGAUAUCCAGUGUAUGGUCAACAAAGAAAUAUGACAGAUGAGUCUAGUAGUGAUGAAGAAGAUGAGGAUCAUGUGGCAAACACACUACCGCAUUAGUGAAGUUUAUAGUUGUAAUAGAUAAUCUAAGUUCUUUACUUUAUGGCUAUUUUAUGGGACUUAUUUGUUUUGUGAAUACAUGAUAACAUUGAAAUCCUAUUAUAUAACUUUUGGAUUUUAUGGUUUUUCUUUCAA